CCUGUGGUUACAGGAAGUGUUACUGCUGAAGUUUGUACUGCAGACUUAUCUGGUGUUCUGCUCAGAUCAGGAUGCUGCCCAUAGUGGAUCAUCUGCUGGAUGUGCUCAAUUUAGAGCACACACCCUUCAGGACCUAUGCAGUUACUGCUUUACUUCUGCUCUUUGUUGGCAUCAUUGUUCGUGCUCUUAUAAAGAUUAUGCUGUACAUUCACGAAUAUUCUGCAAAUGCCAAAAGAUUACGCUGUUUUCCAGAGCCUCCAAGGCGCAGCUGGAUUUUUGGACACCUAGGACUGUUUUUACCAAAUGAAGAGGGAAUGCAGGAAAUCAGCAAGCAAGUCAGCAAGUUUACCCACUAUAUGAAGACAUGGAUGGGACCAGUCAUCCCUUUAAUAUCACUCAUUCAUCCAGACACCAUCAAACCUGUUGUUGCAGCUUCAGCUUCCAUUGCACCUAAAGAUAAAUUAUUUUAUGGCUUUCUUGAACCAUGGUUGGGAGAUGGCCUUUUGCUCAGCCGUGGAGAGAAAUGGGUCAGGCACCGACGCCUAUUGACACCUGCGUUUCACUUUGAUAUUUUAAAACAUUAUGUGAAGAUUUUUAACCAGAGCACCGAUAUCAUGCAUGCUAAAUGGCGCAGAUUAUGUACUAAAGGCCCGGUAUGCCUGGAUAUGUUUGAACACAUCAGCCUUAUGACUUUAGACAGCUUGCUGAAAUGUACAUUUAGCUAUGACAGUGACUGCCAAGAGAAGCCAAGUGAUUAUAUUGCUGCAAUUUACGAUUUGAGCCAAUUGAUUGUAGAACGUGAACACUGCCUACCUCAUCACUUUGAUUUCAUCUACCGCUUUUCCUCCAAUGGGAGAAAAUUCCAACGUGCCUGUGGAAUUGUGCAUGAGUUUACUGCAAAUGUAGUGCAACAGAGAAAGAAGGCUUUACAGCAGAAGGGGUCAGAGAACUGGAUCAAGUCCAAGAAAGGAAAAACACAGGAUUUCAUUGACAUUUUACUACUGUCAAAGGAUGAAGAUGGCAAUACAUUAUCAGAUCAAGAGUUGAGAGAUGAAGUAGACACAUUCAUGUUUGAAGGACAUGACACCACAGCCAGUGGACUCUCCUGGAUCUUGUAUAACUUGGCCUCUCACCCCGAAUAUCAAGAAAAAUGCAGAGAGGAGGUAACACAGUUAUUAAAAGGAGAAUCAACACACUUGGAAUGGGAUGACUUGUCCCUGCUGCCAUUUACCACCAUGUGCAUCAAGGAAAGCCUCCGAUUACAUCCCCCUGUAACAGCAGUGUCUAGACGAUGUACUGAGGAUAUUGCGAUGCCUGAUGGGAAAGUAAUUCCAAAAGGGAACAUCAGCCUGAUCAGUAUUUAUGGAACUCACCACAACCCUGCAGUUUGGCCGAAUCCAGAGGUCUAUGAUCCUUAUCGAUUUGAUCCCAGCUCCACAGAUCAGCGGUCCUCACAUGCUUUUGUACCUUUCUCUGCUGGACCUAGGAAUUGUAUUGGCCAAAACUUUGCCAUGGCUGAAAUGAAAGUGGUGCUUGCUCUUACACUUCUCAACUUUAAGGUGGCCUUGGAUCCCAAUAAAGUAGUCCGCAGGAAGCCGGAGUUGAUCUUAAGAGCAGAGGGUGGACUGUGGCUUCAAGUGGAAGCUCUAAAAUCUUAAAGUUAGAGAAGAAGAAAUCUGCAGAUUAGACUUUUAUACUGUAACAAUAGCUUUAACACUGUAAUCAGCAUUAGGGUCCA